AGGCUAAUUCCGUGAAAACCGCAACUUUUUUGUUGCAUUUUAAAAGCGCAAGAUUUGCGGGAUAAACUUCGCUUGGCGUUUAAAAGAUCGUUGGCAGGACUUAAACUUUAUUCAGCUCACAAUUUUUCUUGUUGUAAUUAAGAGCCACUAAGGCCGGAACUUUUUUGUGGGCAGUCAGGAUGUCAGGCAUAUCUGUGAAUGACCACCUUGAAGGGAUAUUGUCAGAUUUCGAGGCUCUGAAGAGAUCCUUUGACAUUGACGAUGUGGAUGAGAUCCCCACGUUUUCCCCAACGUCCUCUCUCAACUCGCCCAUUAGUCCCAGCUCUCUCAAGAACAACGAUGGUCAGGGUCCAGCCAAUCACGUCUCACCCACCUAUCGCUCUAGGAUCAGUAUCAGCUCCAGCCCAGCCCAAAGCCCUGUGCUGAAGAACAGGAUGGUCUCCAGUCUCUCUUUCAACCGUGGCACCAUGGGAAAACCGAACAUCAACGCCAACACGGGAAUCAACCGGGCCUCCUCUUUCCAGAACAAAUUCAACCCUAAUGGUUUCUCUUCUUCCUCAGGCCUUGGGAGUGACAAUGACAGCCUCCACAGUUCCUCCUCCAGUCUGGAGUACCAGGCCUCAUCCAAAUUAGGAUACACCAGCCCUCCGCAGAGUCCCAUGGGGGUAGGGGAGUACAAAGCGCAACGUUUGGGUAGCCCUGCCUUGAAGAAGUUCUCCUCACAUGGAAACAUGUUCCAUUCCGAGCUGGAGACCCCCUUGGUCAUUCCCACAGAACCAAUAGGGGUCAGCCAUGGCUCCAUGCCAUCUCUAGACCUUCAGAUGGCAGAGAGUGGAGGGGUAAGGCGGAUGCUCUCACCAGGUGCAAGAUUCACUAAUGCAGGUGUGCCUUGGAAUUCUCCUCCUCAUCGCCCCCAGAACACCAGUCCCUUUGUAAAGGAGCCAUACUGCUCGGUCAACCACCAGUCCCCCAAGCCAAAGGAACCUGCUCGCCUGAACAAGUUUCCCUUGGAUCUGGACAACCUGGUAGUGAAGCCCCAAACAGAGGGUACUUCAGCACCCAAACCACCACCGAGAUUUCACCCAGUGUCGACCAGUCCCAAGGUGUCAGCCAGCCCCUCAGCAUCUAUCAGCAGCUUGGAAAGCACUGACAUGGCCGUGAUCCACAACAACAACAACAACAACAUGGACAAGCGAGAGCCCAUGUCUCCAGGUGCCAUUCCUGUGCCCAGCAUCAGCGAGUCCCCAGUCCCCCUCUCUCCUGCUCAGACCCCUCAACUCAACCUGGUCUCUCAGCCUCAGGUGGUCCAGAUGGCUCCUGCCACACCUCCUUCGCCUGCACAGGUUGGCGUGGUCAAUAAGCCUGAGCAAGAUCCUGCUCAGGCCAAGGAGAGCGUAGGCUCCAUCCUCCAGAGAAUUGCCUCCUUUUCUCGGGUAGAGGUCAAGGCACCUGUAUCAGCCACCGGCCCAGUUAUCCCGCUCAGCAAUGGCUUCAAGAAAGAGUCGCCACCAAUACUACGUAAAGAGCUCAGGAGAGAGGAAGACACAGCACUGGAGCUGGAGCCACCUAUUCAAAUGGAGGAGGAGAAGGAGGUGGAGAGGGAGAAGGAGGUGGAGAGGGAGAUGGAGGUGGAGAGCGAUGUGGAAGUGAAGAAGGAAGUGGAGGUGGAGAAGGAAGUGGAAGUUAAGAUGGAGUCCAGCGACUCCAACACCCCAGGCAUCAUCAAAGGCCAGGACCUCUUUGGCUAUGUGGGCAUCGAGGCAGUCCUGGACCAGAUGAGACGCAAAACCAUGAAAGCCGGAUUUGAGUUCAACAUCAUGGUGGUUGGUCAAAGCGGACUGGGCAAGUCAACGCUGGUGAACACACUUUUCAAGUCCAAGGUCAGCCGGAAGUCCUGCACUCCCAACUACGAAGAGAAGAUCUCCAAAACAGUCAACCUGCAGUCCAUCAGUCACAUUAUUGAAGAGAAAGGAGUGAAGAUGAAGCUGACGGUGAUCGACACGCCUGGAUUCGGAGACCAGAUCAACAACGAGAACUGCUGGGAGCCCAUUGUCAAGUACGUGAAUGAACAGUACGAGAAAUAUCUGAGGGAAGAGCUGCAUGUGAACAGGAAGAGACGCAUCCCUGACACCCGAGUUCAUUGCUGUGUCUACUUCCUGCCGGCCACAGGACACUGGUUACGUCCCAUCGACGUGGAGUUCAUGAAGAGGCUGGGCAAAAUCGUGAGCAUUGUUCCAGUGAUCGCUAAAGCAGACACGCUCACCAUGGAGGAGAGGCUGGAGUUUAAAGAGAGGAUAAGGCACGACCUGCAGGCCAAUGGCAUCAGAGUGUAUCCACAGAGAGAAUACGAGGAGGAUCCAGAGGACCGUAUACUCAAUGACAAGAUCAGGGAAAAUAUCCCAUUUGCAGUGGUUGGCACAGAUAAGGAGCAUCAGGUGAAUGGAAACAAGGUCUUGGGAAGGAAAACCAAAUGGGGAAUCAUUGAAGUUGAAAAUGUUGCGCAUUGUGAGUUCUCCAACCUGAGAGAUCUUCUCAUUAGGUCCCACCUGCAAGAUUUGAAGGACGUCACCCACAACAUCCACUAUGAGAGCUACAGAGUUCGACGGCUAAACGAGAGUAAUGUGAAUGGACUGGCUCUUUCCCCUUUGACCCUGGAGAACGGUACCUCAGAGAAGAGCGAGACAGAGAGUCACCUCUGAAGGUCGCAGGUCGUGGGAAACGUGCCCGCGGCACAGGUUUCGUUUUGCUCUUAGGCCCCGUCUCAUCCCCGGCUACGGAAACCAGAACGCCGCCCAGAAAACAGGAGGAAAGAACAUUUUUGCCAAGAAACCUCCAGACAACGCAGCUUUGGAACAUCUAAAACGUUUGUCAAAAGACAU